AUGGCAACGCCUGCUAUAGAUCCUACGUCUGGGACUUCCCCUCUUGCGCAACCGGAAGCGCCACUUGCCUCAGUCAACACCUCCCCAGCAUUUGAUCCGCAGAAGGUCACCGUGGUCUAUGUACUCGGAGGUCCUGGAUCUGGCAAGGGUACACAGUCCGCCAAUCUAGUCCGCGAUUACGGUUUCGUACAUCUCUCUGCAGGCGAUUUGCUGCGAGAAGAGCAGAAUACUGAGGGCAGUCAAUAUGGCCAAUUGAUUAAAGAUUACAUCAAAGACGGCCUAAUUGUUCCAAUGGAGAUCACGGUCAAGCUCCUUGAAAAUGCUAUGCGCUCAAAACUGGGGAACGAUGGGACCGGGAAAUUCUUGAUCGAUGGGUUUCCUCGGAAAAUGGACCAAGCUAUCUUUUUCGAAGAGUCUGUCUGUCCCUCGAAAUGCACACUGUUUCUCGACUGCCCCGAGGAGGUCAUGAGAGAACGCUUAUUGAACAGGGGAAAGACGAGUGGGCGGGCAGACGACAAUGAAGAGAGCAUAGUCAAGAGAUUCCGGACGUUCGUCGAAACGAGUAUGCCGGUUGUGGACAUGUUCGAAAAGGAGGGCAGAGUCGUUCGAGUCUCGUCGGUUGGCAUGGUCAAAGACGUCUAUGAGAAUGUGGUGAAAGGGUUAGCAAAGAUGGGAAUACAUCCUUCGAAAUGA